AUGACAUUUAGCAGUAGUGACGGUGAGACGUUAUUUUAUCACGCAAGAGUACCUGAAAUGGAGCUGAAACCGAUGGUGUGUCUGGUCUGUGGACGAGCGUCGAACACUGGACAUCACUAUGGAGUGACAGCAUGUCUUGGAUGCAAAACCUUUUUUCGUCGGGUACGGUAA